GUGUACUCUACGCAGCAAGUUUUGAUAGCAUACGUCUCUCGGCGCAGCGUAGCAAUAACGCGAAUCCCCGUUGUGCACAACAUUUUCGGUCCUCGCCGAGCUUUCGGGGCGGGGAUGCCAUGGAAUGCCGGUCAGAUCAUUUCACAGGGCAGAUGGAAGCACCCAUCGGCGAUAGUACUCAGGCAGAGUCUUCAGGCGGCUUUUUGGCGGGGUCGAAGCUCGGACGGCGUGACCCGGCCUGCUCGCGGCCCAGCAGCUUGUGCUCUACAUCGUCGCUAGGAUGCCAUACUUCCUCCUGCGAGCUGUCCUCGAGUCCCGCGUCACCAGCCCGUGCCACAACUGCGUCCGACGAGGCCUGUCGCUCCAGCCUUUCGCUGCUGCAGCUUCCCAACAGCUUUCUACAGAAUGUUUUGUUGCUGGCUGGCCGGGACGGCGGCGGAUUGGUCACAAGUUGCGCCUUCAUGCGAGGACUGUUCCACCGAUUGCUCGCAACGCCUCCCUUGGCCGUGCGCUGGAUGGUAGAGCUUUUCGGGGCAGCUGGAGCACCGGAUGUCGUGGCGCGCAUCCCCCUCGAGCGCUACCUGCAGCAGCCGAGCCGGUCGGACGAAGCCAGCUGCGCGCCAACGGUCGCCACGGCACCGGCCGGUGGUACCGCAGCCCACCACGCAGCCGUCAAGCGUAUCCACAUGCUGGGACUCCUGGUUGUCUCGGGCAAUUUGCCGCGCUUCUCACCGGACUCGGCGGCGACGCUGCUGCGCGACGCUUGCGUGGUGGAGAGCCCGCAAGCGAUCCAGAUGGUGGUGCGCUGCGCGCCCACCCUGUCCCCCGCGCAGGCACAGCCCGCGCUGCUCGCGGCCACCGCGCUCGGCGCUGCUGCCUGCGUUCAUGAGCUGCUGAGCCUGACCUCGGUUGACCCUACGGCGGAGGGCAGCCUGGCGCUGCGGCUGGCCAGCAGUGCCGGCUCCGUCGCCUGUGUGGAGGCGCUGCUGGCGGCAGGCGCGGCGCUGGAGCGGCAGCACGUGGCGGGAUUCUCGCCCCUGGACGGGCUGGAGGGCGGCGUGAACAGCUGCCUAACGGAAGUGGGGCACAGCGCCGAGGCGCUGGCGCAAGCGGCGGCGGCCGCGGCGGCGGCGGGACAUGCGCACGUGGUCGGGCUGCUGCUGCGUGCCACGCGCUACCCUGCGGCCCUGGCCAGCCUAGCCGCAGUGGCUGUGGCCAAGGGCGGCAGUUGCAGCGUCGGCAGCACCGGAAGCGCCGAGCAUGCCGCCGGCAGCGCCGGCGCCGGUCACAUCGGCACGGCUGCUGGGACAGCGUCGGAGGCGGCCGCGGCAUCUGGGUUCAGCGCCGAACAGGCGCUGCCGGCUAUGCGCAUGCUGCUGGCGGCAGGGGCGGAGCCCAGCGCCUUCAACGGGGCCAUGCUGCUGGCGGCGUGCAGCCGAUCCCAGCCGCCCCAGCAGCAGCACGGAUCAAGCGGCGACAACAAUCUCCAAUGCGCCCGCGCCAGCUGCAGCCGCACUAGCAGCAGCAACCCGCUGGCAACAUCCAUUGCCACCGACCAUUGCGCACCGGCCGAUUCGGGCGGCCUCCGGCCGCGCGCUUGCGCCGCGGACUUGGUACGGGAGCUGGUGGCGGCGGGCGCUGACCCCCGUGCCGAGGACAGCAUGCCGCUGGUGACCGCAUGCCGCGUGGGUGCGGACGUCGAGGUGGUGCAGGUGCUCUUGGCGGCCGGCGCAGACGCGGGCGCGCAGGAUGGCGCGGCGCUUCGCUACGCCUGCAAGCACGGCGCAGCGGAGGCGGUGGUGGAGCUGCUGGCAGCAGCGCCGGGCUGCCACAGCCUGUUCGGACUGGCCACGGCACUGGCGGAGGCCGUGGCGGCGAGGCACCGCGGCGUGGCAGAGGCGCUGUUAGUAGGCUGUCCGGCGCACGGUGUGGAGGCGCAGCUGGUCAAGGACCUGGCGCUCAUACAGGUCGCGCAGGCUGGCUGCAUGGAGGCGGUCCAGCUGCUACUGCUCAUGGAGGCAGGCGCAGCAGCCUGUGGAAGCAAGGCCUUGGUGGCCGCCGCGGAGGCGGGGCAUGACGCCGUCGUGGAGGCCCUGCUAGCAGCCGGUGCGGACGCCACAGCACGUGAAAACGCGCCGCUCAUUGGGGCGGCGCGUUGGGGCCGCACUGCCGUGGUGCGGCGCUUGUUGGCCGCUGGUGCGGACCCUUGUGCGCGCGACAGCUGGGCUUUGUGGGCGGCGAGCGAGGCAGGACACAUGGAGACGGUGGCAGUGCUGAUGGCGGCAGGAGCAGACCCGGCCGUGCCGAUGGAUGAGGAGGCGGCGGGCUUCGACGUAGCCAGCCUAAUCAACGAGAUGGAGUGCGACGGAUGAAAGCGAGCGCCUCCCGUGGCCCAAUGUGGGCCAGGGCGGUUUGUGCGACGUGCGCGUCUUCAUGGUACUUGGCAGCUGAGGUCAGCUCGUAGGUCGGAAUUGGCGUGCGAAGUAGUGUCUAGGUAGGUGCGACUGCGUGGUACCGAGCGUUCGCGUCGCAACCACGGGCCGGCGAGCGUGCGGCGGCAAUUAGCCGACACCUGCGACGGUGUGACAGAUUGCGACAGAGCGAUGACUAGCAUUUGCAUGCGUGCGCUCUAGGUAUAAUCGAGCGCUGUCUACUACGUUUGCAGCGUCUUGAGUGCAAUUAGGGUGAGAUGUGUGUGUUUCACAGGUGUUUGUUCACGUGUUCUUUGUUAGCACAGCAGGGACUGUUCAAGUAGACAUGCGAUCACUGGGUGCGCGUUCGCUGUUUUGCGCAGAGCUCUCGACAAUUAGUUCGUAGGUGUGUAUCGAAUGUCGCUGUGCGCGUGUGUGGCGGGCGAAGGGUAGGCAGGCAAAUGUGAGCGGUCGGGCGUGCUCGCGUUCCCCUGACACUCCAUGCACCCAUCGCACAACGAGGCCUUCAACGUAGCGAGUCCACAGAUGUAGGAUAGGUGCAGAGCCUUUGCUCAUCAAGGCCGAGCGCAAUCCAGGGGAGCCUUAUUUAGGUGUCACAGACUGGGUGUCGGAGGGCGUACGCGAUAGCACGCCUAGGUAUUGCACACGGAAACAGCCAGGCUGAUGGAAGUCUAGGUUGAGUGGGGUAAUGCGCACUGGCAAUCGUCAAUGGGCAGAGGGCAGUCUAAUUACCUAGGAGGGUUGGUCACUUGAUCUUGCUUUUUUGGCCAGCAUCCGGAUGCCGACAGGAGGCGCAAGCCGCGGAACUAGGAUUGCAACAAUUGCGAUGGGCGCACAUCAGGCAUUGUAACUCGUGAACUCU